UUCGGUCAGUCCACUGCGGCUAUGCAGUGUUUCGAUUGUACGCUGCACCACCCACAUCUCUCAAUAGAGACCUUUGCGGAUCAAAAGGCUCAACAAUGGUUCCACAGUUUCGUUUCCUAUAUAUUCAGCUCACCCGCGCUCAUUUUUGUCUGUCAGAGCUUUACUUUCUCCAAAUCACUGAACUCCCUAUUUUUGCUCGCAUCAUAGACUUGCAUUGCAUCAUGUGUAAAUUUGUAGUACCCAUUCGUACAUGCUCAAAGUGCCACCAAAACGAACCGCUUUUCGACGAGAAGGAAAGGCGACUGUCGCAUAUCACUGAAAAGAAUGAGCGAAAGCUAACAUACAUGGCACCUCCCCAGGACUGCUAUUCGCGGCGGUGUGUCUUCAGCAGUGAACACCCUGUUACUUGGCACGCCUGUUGGAUCACUUGUAAACAAACACAUGGCAAAACACGCAAGAUUAAGGGUGGCUCACCUUCGUAUGUUUGCCACAACUGUGCCUCAUCCCCACAGCGGCAUGGCUCAGGGUAGCCGCCUCAUGGCGUGGGCAAUGGCGUGCUUCGUCGACGGGAAAUUGGUUGGUUUUCUGGGUUAACAAGAUUUUCCGCAAAAUAAUAUCUGAUACAUGGUGUUUGUAUACAUAUGCGAUACCCACUGCGAGAUACCAUCCAUUCAGCUUUCGGGCUCGAUAUUACUCAGAUCGGCGGUUGACCACUUGGCAUUGUUGGCGGGUGUCUCGAGUCGCUGGUGAGUCUUCAGAUCAUGACCCU